AUGUUGACAAAGAAAAGAAAGCUUCUGGAGUUUGAAACUUUAGUAUUAACUGAGGAAAGUAGUGCAAGAGUCCAAAACAAAUUGCUUCCUAAAUUGAAGGAUUCAGGGAGUUUUACUUCAACAAUUUCAAUUGGAAAUUCCUAUUUAAUUAAUGCAUUGUGUGAUACUAGUGCUAGUAUCAAUUUAGUGUCGUAUUCUGUUUAUAGGGAAUUGAGACUAGGUAAAGUCAACUCAACAACAAUAACGCUAAAACUAACUGAUAAAAUAAUCGCAAGACCACGUAGAAAAGUUGAGGAUGUAUUCGUAAAAGCAGGAAAUUUCAUAUUUCCUGUGGAUUUCAUCAUAUUGGACAUACUAGAAGAUCGAGAUAUUUCAGUUAUAUUGGGUUGGCAAUUCUUGGCAAUGGAACGAACCCUUAUUGACAUGGAGAAGGGAAAAAUAAUCUUGAGGGUGGAGGACAAGCAGGAGAGAUUCAAUAUUUACACUCAAUGUGAGAAACCUCCCAAUAAAAAUGAUUGCUCUAGAAGUGAUGAAGAAGAGCCACCUGAUCAACGAAACUGUCAGAAAGAAUACUAA